AUGUCCACCUUCCAACACAGAGUUUUAUUACUUGGCUCCGGUUUUGUUGCAGGAACCACAUUAGAAAGCCUCACCCGUGAUGGUUUGAAUAUUUUCGUUUCCGUUGCUUCUCGUACUUUGGCCAAGUCUCAAGAGAUGUGUCAGCAGUACGCUCACGAGCCUGCCAUUCGUACGGCCCAAGUUGCUCUUGAUAUUGAGAAUGAACAUGAAAAGCUUUCCGAGUUGGUUUCUCAACACGAUUUGGCUAUUUCUCUCGUUCCCUAUACAUAUCACGUUUUGGUUGCUAAAGCUUGUUUGCAACAUCGUAAGAAUAUGGUUACGACUUCAUACAUUUCUCCUGCUUUACGGGAAUUGGAUCAACAAUUUAAAGAUUUAGGAUUGGCCUGUAUGAAUGAGAUUGGAGUCGAUCCAGGAAUUGAUCACAUUAUUGCAACCAAGAUUGUUCAUGAAGAACAAGAUUUGAAAGGAGGUAAAAUUAAGAGUUUCUACAGUUGGUGUGGAGGUUUGCCACAUCCUGAUCAUAUUGAUAAUCCAAUGAAGUACAAAUUCUCUUGGUCUCCUCGAGGUGUUUUGAUGGCUUUGCAAAACACUGCAAAGUGGUAUGAACAUGGUCAACUUCAAUCCGUAGAGGCAUCCAAAUUGUUGUCUUCAAGAAGAGAAUUGCAAUUGGAUGAUAAGAUUCCAACCUUUGAAGGUUAUCCAAAUCGUGACUCCACUCCAUUCAAGGAACAUUAUAACUUGAAAUAUGCUGACGAUGUUUUGAGAGGUACAUUGAGAUAUAAGGGUAAUUGUGAAGUGGUUGAAUUCUUUAUUGGAGCAGGUUUGGUCGAUUUAACUCCACGACCAGAAUUUAAGGAUAAGCAAUGGAGAGAAAUUAUGCAAACCCUUCUUUCUGCAAGUAGUACUGAGGAGAGUGAACUCGAAAGUGCAUUGUUGAAGAAGUUGAAUUUGGAUCCAAAUUCUGAGAAGGCCAAGACUGCUCUCAAUGCAUUCAAAUUCUACGGAUUAUUCAGUGACAAGACUGCUCCAUUUAAGGGUAAUGUUUUGGAUACCUUCUCUCAAACCUUAUUAGAAAUGAUGGAGUAUAAAGAAGGAGAAAGAGACAUGCUCUUCAUGUACAAUAAGUUUGUCAUUGAAACUGCAGAAGGAAAGAAGAGAACCAUUGUUGCUAAAUUAGUUGAUUUUGGAGAUGAAAGAGGUUUUGCAAUGGCCAAGACUGUCGGUUAUCCAUGUGCUAUUGCCACAAAGAAAAUUUUGAGCGGUGAAAUUACCAAUAAGGGAGUUUUUGGACCAUAUGAUUACAACAUGAACCAAAGUAUUAUGAAAGAAUUGGAGCAAGUUGAACGUAUUCACGUUGAUUAUGAAGUCUCUGAGGAAUAA